UCUGGUAAAACGCCAUUAUCCCCACAUCCGUCUGCAGAACCAGCGUGGUCCCGACCAAAAUUCCAGCAGGCUUGUUUGUAGAAACUGACAAGGUGAUUUUUUUAAUAGUUUUUAAAGACUUAAUUCGUUUAUUUUUAAAGAGAGAGGAAGGGAGGGAGAAAGAGGAGAGGAGAGACAUCUGCUGGUUGCCUCUCGCACACCCUCAGCCGGGGACCCGGCCCCGAAACCCAGGCACCUGCCCUGACGGGAGUCGAGCCUGAGACCUUUCGCUUUGCGGAACGACGCCCAACCCACUGAUCCCCACCAUUCAAGGCAAGACGGUUUUUCUAAAUUUACAUGAAAUAGAAGGACUGGUUAUGGCCCAACUUCAUUCUGAAGAAGGAGAGCGAAAUGGGAGGACUUCCACCGGGGGACUUAGAGCGUCGAGGACACACCGACCAGGCCUAAACUCAGAGAAAACACAGUGACUGUCAGGGCGCAGCCCCUAAACCCCAGCUGCCCUGCCUCGUAUGGGGGCUUCUGCCCCUCUCGUCACCCACACAGCUGCAGCCGCUCCACGCGGGGACCAAGCUCCCCGCCACGGGCUUACCCCACUCCCGACAGCCUGGUCCCCCAGCACCCCCCCGACCCACGGUGCCUGUCCAUCACCAGGACCCCUGGACCUGUGGUGCUGCCCCCGAGAUGGGUGACCACCCUGGCUUCACAGAUGCGGGUGUGUCCUGGCUGCAGGGCAUCAGCGGUAGGUAGUUCGGGGACUUCAGGUGAGGUCACUGGGAGGUGACUUGCAAACAGACCUGGGACCUCCCCCCAGGCACAGGCAGGGACACGCACACCCCAGCCAGGAGGCCAGGGCGGCCCGAGGACGUGAAAAGGGACAGAGAGGCUCAGCCUGUGAUGGGGGGGGGGGGGACAUCACAAACCAGCUUCCACUUUCUGACUGAUUCACCUUUGUGUGUUGUGGGGGUUUUAUAGCAGCAUAUUUUACUUUUAUAAGAAAAGGGCUAAUCCAGAAAUGCAUUAAUAUUCUCUGCUGGUAAAGGCUGAGCCACGGGGCCAGCCCCAGGGGACCCCAUGAUUUCCCCAGAAGGCACUUCAGCCGUUCCUGUCUGAUGCAAGCCCUGUCCCCACUUCCUCUCCGGGUCCCCUGUGUCCUGCUGCUCCCCCCUCAGCCCUGGGCCGCCUCUCAGAAAUGAGUCAGGCCCAGCUCCUGCGCCCAGGGCCCCCUGCUGGACCAGUACCCCCUUGCUCCCAGCAACCGGACCCACAGCGCCCGAGUGCCCACGCGUGGGCGUGCCACAGGCGACGUCUACAGACCGUGGGUGGCGUGCACCUGAAGCCAGGGUGAGGCCGCGCCACCUGACACCAGCUGGUGCACCUGGAGGACACCGCGGGGAGUGAAAUCAGCCAGACAGGAGGGGGCGGGCCCUGUGGGACGCUCUCCCAGGAGGCCCCUGGAGGGGCAGGUCCACGGAGACAGGACCGACUGGGGCGGGGGGCGGGUGGAGAAUGCGGGGCCAGUGUCAGUGGGGCCGGGGUUUCAGUUGGGGAAGACGAGGAAGUUCCGGGAAGGGCUGCGCGGCCGCUGGAGUGGGCUCGGGGCCGCACUCAGGCAGUUAAGGUGGUCCGUCCGCUACGUGGGUUGUAUCACAAUUUUUAAAAAAGAUUUUACUGCUCUGGCUGGUGUAGCUCAGUGGAUUGAGCACGGGGCUGUGAACCAAAAGAUUGCGGUUCAAUUCCCAGUCAGGGCACGUGCCUGGGUUGCAGGCCAGUUCCCAGCAGGGAACACAGGAGAGGCAACCGCACAUUGGUAUUUCUCUCCCUCUCUCCUUCCCUUCUAAAGAUAUAGAUAGUAGAUAGAUAGAUAGAGAAAGAUUUUACUUAUUUUUAGAGAGGGGAAGGUAGAGAGAAACAUCAGUUGCCUCUCUUGUGCCCCCUACUGGGGGCCUGGCUCGCAACCUGCCUGUGCCCUGGCCUGGAAUCCAACCAGUGACCUUUUGCCUUAGGGGACGGCACCCAACCCACAGAGUCACACCAGUCAAGGCAAGUUUUACUCACUCUGUUUAACAGACAGCUGGGGGUGGCGGGACCCUUGUGGUGAUGGGACACUUGCUGUCUUGGGCAGGGGCCGGGCCAGGGCCCCUGGGAAGCUGCAGAAGGGCGCCCAGGGCCUUUCUGGGCUGUUUCUUACAGGGACCUAUGAACUGUCUCAGGAGAAAACAAAAGCUCAACUGGAAAUGACAGGAGGAGCACCGGGAACUGGCGUUUCGCACGUGGCUGCAAGGUGGCGGCCCGCCAGAGCGCCAGGCCUGCCGGGUAAAGGCGGUUCGGGCCACACCAAAAGGCAAGGGGUCCCUCGGGCCACCCACAGGCCCCCUGGGGCUCAGGACGGCUGUGAGUGUGGCCAACGCCGAACCGAAAACUUACUUAGAACACCACCAGACUGUUCUGUGAUUAUGUGGCGUGGUGUAUUAAACGUGUGGCCCAAGACGGCCCUUCUUCUUGCAGUGCGGCCUAGAGCAGCCGAAAGGCCGGCGCCCCUGGGACUUUAUGAGCAGCAGUUCGAGUGCUGGACUCGCCGUCAGACUCGGGAGGCGCCGCAGGCCCUGGGAGCCCUCCCCCCAGGACGGAGAAGAUGCUGCGUGCCCUCCGCCACCCUGUCCUGAGUAGGGCGGUGGCUGCCACCCGGGCCUCCCUCCGCCCACGCCGCUCCUGCCCCACGCAGCCAUCCCGGGGGGAGCCUCCCCCCUCUGCCCUCGCUGGCCUGGCCGGGAGAUGCCAAGCUGACCAGCUGCGGAAGCCCGUGGUGGAGAAGAUGCGCCGCGACCGCAUCAACAGCAGCAUCGAGCAGCUGAAGCUGCUGCUGGAGCAGGAGUUCGCGCGGCACCAGCCCAAUUCCAAGCUGGAGAAGGCCGACAUCCUGGAGAUGGCUGUCAGCUACCUGAAGCACAGCAAAGCCUUCGCCGCCGCCGGCCCCAAGAACCUGCACCAGGACUACAGCGAGGGCUACUCGUGGUGCCUGCAGGAGGCCGUGCAGUUCCUGACGCUGCACGCGGCCGGCGACACGCAGAUGAAGCUCCUCUAUCACUUCCAGCGACCGCCAGCCGCGCCCGGCGCCCCCACCAAGGAGCCCAAGGCGCCGGCGCCCAGCCCAGCCAAGGCCAGCGCCGUCGCACACCAGCCCUCCUGCGGCCUCUGGCGGCCCUGGUGACCCGGCGGGAGGUGCGGACUGCAGCCCCGGGACCAGAGGGGCGAUUUGGACGGCCCCUUCUCUCCAAGGCUCGCUCCAGGCUGGCGGGCCAGCGGUAGGGUCAUUCUCAAAGAAUGUGCGUGCAGAAGCCUCGUCUGUCCGGACAGUCGGGGCCCGCCUUCUGCCAAGUGUCCGACCCCAUGGGGUUGUUCCAUGUUUGCAUUUCAGCAAGUGACUUCUGGGAAGUCCCCGCCGCCCGGGGUUCUAUGACAUUCGUAGGCGCCAGGGGCACCGCGCCCCUGCUGGUAGAGGACUUUCUUCAGGGCCCGUUGCCGCUAGGCCCGCGGGCCUGGGGCGCGGGCGUGCCCGCCGGGGCACAUUUGCCUUUUGUGAAGGCGGAACUCAGGGCGCAUCCUCAUAGGAAAGAGCGUCAGCCGGGAUGGGGCGCGGAGGGACCUGGCAGAGCCGCCGUGUGGGCUCGGCUGUCUGGUCAGAGCACACGGCGGGCUGUG